CGCCCUAAUAAAUCAUUUCCGCACAGUAGGAACAUCCAACGUGGAUUAGGUUUGAGCUCCACCGACCUUAAUGCAUCAUAGUCAGCAUCACAGCGCUUCCCCUUCUAAAUUUCAACAAAACAGCGCACAGCGAACAAACGAAUUCGUGCUUUCUGAAAGGAAAGGGGAAGAAAACCUCCGUAGAGAAACCUCCUCCUUCUUUCUCUGAAGGAGAACAGGUAUUUCUAGAUUCUUGUUUCUACCCAAAAUUUAUAUGCCUGUUCUCCUUUUUGAUUUAAACCCCCUUUUCUGUUCUGGUACGUUUUCUGAAGCCCCCUUGGAUUAAUCUCACAUGGGUAUUGAAUGAUUUGAACCUGGAAUCAGUGGAAACUCUUUGCAUUGAUUGGUUUUUAGAGUACUUGAGGGUUAUGUUAUUUAUGAAAGUGGUGGCUUUGGGCGCUUUAAAGGAAGACUUUCGAUGAAUCUAGAUUGAGAUUGAUUAGUUUGAAAAAAAAGGUUUUUAAGCUUUUUAUGAUAAAGAUCCCAUGGGAGCAGCGUUGUAACUGAAAGGGUAGGUUUUGGGUUUUGGGUAUCUUUGUGGUCUGUUUUUCUCUGUGUCUUUGGAUGAAUCUUGUUGUUAUUGAAGAAAAGGAUCGGCUUGUGAACCUUCCCGGCUCUCAUCUGGACGUUCUCAGGCCAUUGAAUCUUCCCUUUGAACAGAAAUCGUUUUCUUUUUGUAUCCCAAGAGAUAGAUGGGAUAAAGAGUUCUUCAAGCUUCAGGGUGGGUAAUCAUAAUUUGACAAACUCGUUGAAUUGAGGAAGACUUUGGUAAUAUAAUUGGUUCGAGUUGGAUGUUUUGAUAUGAGUUCUCCUCAAGGGCAUACAUUGACAGCAAACAUGGCCGACCUCGUUGAUGGUUCAACCGCACACAGAGAGGUUUCCCACAUUGAUUGUUUGCCUGUUUACGUCAAAGAGCUAAUUGCUGGUGGCGCUGCUGGAGCUUUUGCUAAAACUACCCUUGCACCUUUAGAACGGACUAAAAUACUCUUGCAGACAAGGACUGAUGGUUUCCAAUCUCUUGGGGUUUAUCAAUCCUUAAGGAAGGUACUAAAGCUUGAAGGUGUUCUUGGAUUUUAUAAAGGAAAUGGAGCUAGUCUUAUUCGGAUCAUUCCUUAUGCUGCCUUACAUUUCAUGACUUACGAGCAGUAUCGGGGUUGGAUCUUAGAUAAUUUUUCUUCCUUGGGAUCAGGACCUGUUGUAGAUCUUUUAGCUGGUUCUGCUUCUGGAGGAACAGCAGUCUUAUGCACUUAUCCCUUGGACUUGGCUCGUACUAAACUUGCGUAUCAGGUUGUGGACACCAGAACAAAUUUCAGUUCUGGUAUAAGAGGUUUCUAUCCUCGACCUGCAUAUAGUGGCAUAACUGAUGUGCUGACAACUGUUUACAAGGAAGGCGGGAUACGUGGAUUAUAUCGAGGUGUAGGUCCAACACUCGUUGGGAUCCUUCCUUAUGCUGGUUUAAAGUUCUACAUUUAUGAGGCACUAAAGACACGUGUUCCUGAAGAGCACCAAAAGUCAAUUCUGAUGCAUGUUUCUUGCGGAGCACUGGCUGGGUUACUUGGACAGACCUUCACAUACCCACUAGAUGUUGUAAGGAGACAGAUGCAGGUUGAAAGUCUUCAGUGUUCAACAAUUCAAGGUGGCAGGAGAUACAGGAACACAAUAGAAGGGCUUACUACUAUUGUCCGUAAUCAGGGGUGGAGACAAUUGUUUGCUGGCUUGAGCAUUAAUUAUAUUAAGGUGGUUCCUUCUGUGGCAAUUGGAUUCACGGCAUAUGACAUGAUGAAGGUUUGGCUUCACAUACCACCCCGACAGAAGGUACAGGCAGUAUCUGCUGGAUAAACGGAGAUGGAUUUACAACGGAGGCGACUGAAAUCCUAACAACUUCAAGGUCGCGUACUAUAACUAUGAUACUUGGGAGUGAAAUGAACAAGUGUAUUAAUAAUAUGACUGAGGUCCAGAUGCAGGUGCUUGUUAUGUUUUAUGUUCUAUUUUGGGGCGAGGCAAUCAACUACCUUAUCUUGUUUCACUUUUUUCAGAAAAUUAUUAGACAUGGCUUUGCAAUGAAUAAGUUGGUUGGCUUUA